CAAACAAACAAACAAAAAAAACUUAAGAUCGUAUCCUCCAUUUGCUUUCUUCUUCCAUCCAUUCUGUUAUUUACUUUCUCUUCUUGAAAUCAUUUACUUGUUAUUAUGGCGUUGGAAGAGAUCUUUGUUAACGGUGCCACAGGGUUCAUGAAAAGACUAGUUUCUGUUGCUGCCAAAAAAAUUGGUAAGGCUGGGGCUGUAGACAAAGAUCUACAAAAGCUUAAGCAUACUCUGGAGAUGAUCGCUGCUGUCACAUCUGAUGCUGAAAAGAAGCAGGUGAAAGACAAAGUCGUGCAGCUCUGGUUGAGAAAGUUCCAGGAUGUUGCAUAUGAUGCUGACGACAUUUUAGAUGAAAUUUCUUAUGAAGCUAUGCGUCAAUCCCAAGAAGAUGGAAACGCGUGGAAGGUAACAGUCCUAUCAAAAAUUAAAUUUUCUUCGGAGAUAGCAAAACGAAUCAAAAACAUUAAUCAAGAGUUAGAUGAAAUUGCAAAGCACAACGUUAUGUUUCAGUUGGAACAUAGCGUUGAUGAUCUUACUGAGCAACUAGACCGAAUCACACUUUCUUUUAUAGGUGAUUAUAAAAUUAUUGGAAGACAAAAAGAUACGUCUCGCAUAGUAGACAUAUUAUUAAUGACCAACUCUUCAUCUUCACCAUCUGAUAAAUUUAGUUCCCAAGAAAAUAUUUCAGUCAUUUCAAUAGUGGGUAUGGGGGGACUUGGGAAAACGACCCUAGCUCAAUUGGUAUACAAAGACCACUCAAUUGAGAGAAGCUUUAAGCCAAGAAUUUGGGUCUGUAUUUCUGAGGAUUUUGAUAUCUUUUUAAUUUUAAGAAAUAUUCUCGAGUCGAUUACUCAAGAAAAGUGUGAUGAUUUUUCAAAUGUUGGUGUACUAGUAAAGAAAGUUCAGGAAGAAAUUAGUGGGAAGAAAUAUCUGUUGGUAUUAGACGAUCUGUGGAACGAGAAUGCCGAAGACUGGGAGAAACUUAAGGGUUAUUUAAGCGGAGGUGCUCAAGGGAGUAAAAUAUUAGUAACUACACGUAAAGAAAAUGUCGCAUCUAUUGUUAGGGGUGCACUUCCACCAUACAAUUUAAAAACCUUAGGUAAUCAAGAAUGCUGGUUAAUCAUUAAAAAUAGAGCUUUUUCUCCUGGUGGAGCAGUCCACACUGUAACUAUGUCAAAAAUAGGAGAGGAAAUAUCGAAGAAAUGUGCUGGUUUACCACUUGCAGCUAUUUUCCUCGGAAAUCUAAUGCGCUUGAAAAAAAAGGAAUCUGAUUGGUUGGCAAUCAGAGACGAUACCGUUUUCAACACACCAGAAAGUCCAAACAAAAUCAUACUAAUAUUGAAAUUGAGCUAUGAUAAUUUAUCUUCCCAUUUGAAAAAGUGUUUCUUGUACUGCAGUUUAUUUCCCAAAGAUCAUAAAUUUAAUAGAGAAACACUGAUUCAAUUGUGGAUGGCUGAAGGAUUCCUUCAUCCAUCCACUGGCAGAUAUCAAAUCUCACCUGAAGAUGUUGGCAAUGAUUAUUUCCUUAGUUUGUUGUCUAGCGCGUUCUUUCAAGAUGUAGAAAAGGAUGUGUUAGGUGACAUUGAAACAUUCAAAAUGCAUGAUUUGGUGCAUGAUCUUGCAUUAAGUGUCGUUGAUAGUCAUGAAGUCACGAUUCUAAACACAAGUGAAAUGGAAAAUGAUGUGUCUGGAAUUCGUCGUCUGCGGUUAAUCACGGAAGAAGCAUCAAGACCAUCUUCUAAUGUCUCGAAAAAUGCAGGAAAACUGCGCACAAUUUUCUGCCAAGAAGGUUCUUUUUGUCAGAGUUCAGUUAGUAACAAGCGUCUGCGUGUAAUUCAUCGUCUUGGUUCUAAUACUCGGGAAAUUGUAUCUUCGACUUUGAAGUUUAAACACUUGAGGUACCUUGAUCUCAGCUAUUCCGGUAUUAAAUCUUUUCAUGCUGCAUCCAUCAGUCAUCUCUACAAUCUACAGACUCUCAACCUUCAUAAAUACUCUAAUACUCCAUUUUUCAGCCCUAUCCGAGGUCCCGAAAAUUCUCAUCAAAACUCCACUGUUGAAAACAUUCUCAACAUGAUUGGUUCUUUGAAAAAUUUACGUCAUCUUGAUAUCUCUUACACAGAAACCAAAGUGUUACCUGAUUCCAUCAUUAGGCUCACCAAUUUGCAGACUUUAAAUAUGAGUUGUUGUAGAAGUAUUAUAGAGUUACCCACAAAUAUUGGGCGUCUCCAAAAUCUAUCUUCCCUUGACAUUUCAUAUACAAAUAUCAUAGAAUUACCCGACUCAAUCUGUCUCAUCUCUAAUAUAAAGAAGUUAAACUUCGUCCGUUGCUGGAGAUUAGAGGCACUACCCCGUAACAUUGGAGCUUUGACACAACUAAGAUCACUUGAUUUGGAUGGUACUUCUAAUUUAUAUGAAUUGCCUGAAUCUUUGACUAGCAACCUCUGUAGACUAGAGUCAGUGAACCUUUAUUUUCUUAGAAAUUUACCGAAAGACAUUAAGAAUUGGGUCGGAUUGAGACAACUCACUUUCGGAAAAACAGAGGGUGGUGUAAGGAUGCCAAGUGGUAUAGAAAACCUAACUCGCCUCCAAGUAUUAAAACCUUACCUGGUGAUGAAAGAAGAAGUCUGUACCACCGAAACCACUAAUAAUUCUACUUCUAGUUCUAUCUAUGAAUUAGCAUAUCUAAACUCCCUUUGGAAGUUACAGAUACUAAAUCUAGAGAAUGUGAGAGGUGGUAAAAUAGAGGCGGAGACGGCAAAGUUAAAAGACAAGCUAAACCUUCAAGAUUUAUGGCUACGAUGGGAAACCGAAGAAGAAGAAGAAGAAGAAGAAGAAGAAGAAGAAACCGAAGAAGAAGAAACCGAAGAAGAAGAAGAAGAAGACAAAGAAGAAGAAGAAGAAGAAGACAAAGAAGAGGAAGAGGAAGAAGAAGAGGAAGAGGAGGAAGAAGAGGAAGAAGAAGGAGAAGUGGCUGUUUGUGCUACUAUGGUGCUGGAAGGUCUCCAACCUCACUCUAAUUUGGAGAUAUUGGGGAUCCAUGGUUUUCCCGGUUUAAAGUUUCCGAUGUGGAUGAGUUCAUCUUCCUGUCUUCCUAAUUUAGUGAAAUUAAACUUUAAAAACUGCAAAAGUUGUGGAAAUCUUGUAGGCCUGGGUCAAUUCCCCUGUCUUGAGGUUCUUGUUAUUGACGGUAUGGAUUCACUGAAAAGUUUGGGUAAACAAUUUUAUUACCAGCAGGAAGAAGAAGUAGAGGAAAAAGAAACAACAACAACAUUAUUCCCUUCGCUAACGAGGUUUACAAUUGAAAGUAUGAAAAACUUGGAAGAAUGGUGUGCACUUCCUCCAACCGUAAAUUCAUUUCCUUUGCUUGAGAGAUUAGAUAUCAUGUGGUGCCGUAAUUUGAAAUCUAUACCAGAUUUACGAUUAUGGUCUUCUUCUCUCCGGAUUUUAAGAAUCACCGACUGCAACCAGUUGGAGGAGUCAAUAACCUAUCUUGAAGAGCUCUAUGUUGGUGAUGAUCAGCAAUUAAGAACUCACUGUGGAAAAGAUGAACUCAUUGUGGAAAAGGUGAACAAUACCUGGAGAUAUAAAUAAAUGGAUGAUGAGGGAUUUGUAAGAGGUCGAAUAUGCAAGUAGGGAGCUCCAUGAAGAACAACAAAGAUGAAG